GUUUGUGAAGUUAUUUUCUCCGAAAAUGUUUACAUUCGAAGACUACAUGCACCCGACAUUCAGUCACAGCCAAUCAACUGGGUAUGCACAGGAUCCCAAAACACAGACUCUGAACCCAGCUGUGACUGGUGCCUCUGUCAUCGGCAUCAAGUAUGACUCAGGGGUCCUGAUUGCGGCGGACACUUUGGGAUCCUAUGGUUCUAUGGCCAAAAUCAGACAUGUAUCUAGGCUGCAUACCAUCAAUGAACAGGUUGCAAUUGGUUUUGCGGGCGACUUGGCCGACGCGCAGUUUAUCACUAAAAUAAUCAACAGCAUGGUGUUGGACGACCAGGUAGCCGCAGACGGUACCCAUAUGAGCCCCAAGGCCAUGUUGAACUGGCUGACAAGAGUGUACUACAACAGACGAUCCAAAAUAGACCCUCUGUGGAACCAAGUGGUGGUGGCUGGAUUCGACAGACAAACCAGCCAGCCUAUGCUAGGCUGCGUGAACCUUUUGGGCUAUUCAUGGCAGGACUCAGUUGUAGCUACAGGUAUGGGUGCUCACUUUGCAAUGCCGUUCAUUCGGUCGAAGGUCGAUGAGAAGAAAGCGCCGUUGACAUUAGACGAAGCAAAUGAGGUGAUUAAGAAAUGUAUGGGCACUUUGUAUGCGCGUGAUGCUAGAUCGUGGCCCGAGUAUGAAGUAGUUAAAGUGGAUGCUUCUGGUGUUGUGAAGUCGGAGAUUCAAACUGUGCAAAUUGUAUGGAAGCCUUAUGCUGAUUACCAAGAAGGACGAAAACAUUGAAGAAGAUAGAAAGUAGAAGCAACGAUGAUGCCGUGAAAAAGAUGACUGAGAAAUUGGAUGUAGAGAAUAUACUUAUUUGUUUUGAUGCUGAUCUAAGUUUAAUUAAUUUUUAGUCAAAUCAA